ACUUGAGGGGCUGUGAGAAGGAAACAACCACAGAGAGACAGAAAACCAGAAAGCAAAGAGCAAUCAGAGAAUCGGAGCGCACAGGGGGGAGAGAGGGAGGCAGACACACAGAGUCAUUGUGGACCGGCUGAAGACUCGCCGAUUGCUCAUCAGCCCACCGUGACUCAGCCUUGGACGCGUGUCCAAGCAGAAUGGAUUUCAUUUGGGUUCAGCUGCCUCUGAGCUCCGCGCAGGAUUUUCACUCCUUCUGGAUUAUAUCUGAAAAAGCAGCCGGUGUCAUGAGCGGGGAAGCCAGCGAGCAGCAGGGAAGAUGAACCUUGAUUCUGUGGAGGGAUCGAUCCAGCACCUCCUCUCUGCGCUGUAUCCCCCCUAUGAAGCCACCGCCCCCACCCUCCUCAACCAGCUCUUCCAGAUCAUUGACAGCCGCUACCAGAGGGACGCCCUGCGCUGUUUUCUGGACUUCCUGGUACCGGCCAAGCACAUUUUAGAUACUGUGCAGCAGGCUGCAUGCGCCCGAUACUCCAAUGUGCUGUUCCUCUGCGAGGGCUGGCCUCUUUGUUUACGUGACCAAGUGGUCGUCCACCUCGCUCCAAUCGACCCCUCCCUUCUUCAGCCAGGCGACUUUUACCUCCAGGUGACUCCAUUCUGUGACCAAUCAGCUCGCAUCGUGGUCUGCAGCUUGCUGAAGGAGGAGGGGCUUGGCGUGGAGGUAGUAGAGGAGACCCCGGUCCCUGAGACGUCCUAUCCUUGUAUCUUCAGCUCUGGCUGGCUGGACGAGAUCAACCAGGACCGCCAGGGGUUGCCGCUCAGACAAUGCCUUGUCGCUACUGAACGAGGCGUGGUGAGGUUGCCAUGGGAACGGGUGGCUGUGCCUGAUUUUGUGCAGCUGGCACGUUGUGCUGGGAGUAGCAUGGCCUCUGCUGCUCCAUCAAAUUCACCUUUAACUCCGCCUCCUCCUCCACCUCUUCCUGAUUCGUCCAAGACUUCCUCGUCUGAUAAUACCUUCACUCUUUCCUCUUCAAAGAAAUCUGGGCAACGUGAUCCUGCGACUAGUCAGAACUCAGUUUUAACAUCUUCCCCAGCAGCUUUCUCUGUGGAAACCAGGAUAUGUCCUGCAAAGCACGGCAUCGCUGUGUCACUUUGCCUGGUAGAUGCUAGAACUUCGUCUUUGUCGCAGCUGGUAAAAAUUAAAGGAAGCGAAGCAGAACAUAAGCCAAUAGGCUGGGUGUCCCCGCAUACAUGGGACAGUCGCUUCACUGGGACAAAUCAAAACACAGCCGCAAAAACGGAAAAACCCAACCUCUCGGGUGGCAAUAUAAUUGACUUCAAAGUUGGGAAUAAAGGUGCUGUAGCGUCUGAAAAUAUAUUGGAAGAUAAACAGGGAAACUCUAAAGCACAGAGAAUGAGCAGACAUAAGCCAGUAGCUGUUGCAACAGCGGACUACAUUGAUAUACUGCAGGCCAAAAUGCUCUUCGAUAAAGAUCGGUCAUUGACUGAAGAACUACAAAGCAUGCAAGUGCACACCAAAGCACAAAAACAUCCAAAUUGGCAAAUUCAGCCAAUCACGCAACCGUUCAGCACACAGUCGGAAGUAAAUUCUCAGACAAAAGCACAAGACGUGUCUGGAGACGCAGGACCUCAAUGUGUUCGUGACCAUUCCCUGAAGGAGCACCCUUCCUCUGACUCCCUGGACCCCCCUCAGUGUAUCCGCACUGUGCGCUUUGCAGAGAAGCCCUGCACCCCAUGCUUGGCCAGACGACAGGGUGGGAAAGUCACCAAAGCUCAAGAGCUGAGAUGUCGAUACAGAGACUCAUACCAGGCCGCCAUACAGAACCCUGUCACCUUUGGGGCUGAGAAUAACAGAGGGGCUAUGCCAGCCAUGGUGGAGGAGGACACGGAUACCUCACAGAGCGCCGACAAACUGAGAGCUGAGGAUUUGUGGAGAGAUGUUCAAGACCCAAGAUGUGAUCCUGGAAGCUGUAAUCAGUCUCCUCCACAACUAGGUGGGGACAUUUGUAAAGAGUCAGGAGAAAUAAACUGCAUCCCAUGCAGAAAACCAAAAGAAGUAAAUGUCACGCCCUAUAAUGAUGGCAGAGUACAUUCUGUCAAAUCUUCUGGCAACUUUCACAACGUGAGCACGACGAAUCCAACGUCAGAAAUGAGGACACAGACUACAAACGUUCUGUCAGCUGCUGAUGGUCUCAGGUACCCGGACGACUCAAAUAAACAGCGCAGAUCGAAAUUUAGUUCAGCUGAAACAUCUGAGAUCCGCAUGCCUUUCAACCAUCUUGAAAGCCAUCAAACCAGAACCACUUCGACGACUACGGCUCCAAACUUUAAGUCUACCCCAGCGCCGCAAAACAGACGAGACACCCACCCAGACAGGAGAUGUUCAUCUCUCUCCACGGCGGUGGUGGACACCUCGGAAAAGUGUGAACUGAUCAUUGUCGAAGGCCAAAACAUCCGGAGAAAAGAAACCUCUGAGCCUCGCGCAGAGAUUCCUCAGCUGCAUGUGGUGAAAUGUAAAAACAGCACAGCCUUCAGGCUGGUUUCACCUAAGAUCAACAGAAAGAAAAAUCCUCUUCCAGUUGCAGAGCAGCUUGGCACCAGGAGAAUCAAUAGCCAUGUAACGGAGAACCCAUCCCAGAUGACUCCAUCAUCCUCCGCCGAGACCAAAAGGACCUCUCGGCAAGCGUCUGGUCGCCCCAGACCGGACCACCUCCCUCUGGGAUCACCAGACCCCAGAGCCCAUCCAGUUUACUCUGGGUUAGCCUCUCUCACAGGCUGCAGAGACAGGACAGGCCGGGCGAUCGUUGAACUCUACGGACACGAUCAGGGAUGGGAGUCAACGGUGACAAGCCACGAGUUGUUCCAGAUGCUGCUCUAUUUCUACUCCAUCACCAGAAAAGAAAUCAGAGAAGCCGGAAUGACGUUAAUAUUUGACGCAAGGAAGAAAAAUCCUCAACCACAUUUCUACAAGGCUCUGAUGGCCCUUCAUGAGUGGUCACCUCAUGCUGUGAAUAGUUUGGCUCUGCUGGUGGACAAAGACAACAACCCUCAGCCAGAAAGAUGUCCCGGCAUCCAGACUGAUUUGGUGACAUCAAUGAAAGCGUUACUCAAGCUGGUGGAGGCGAAUCAGCUGAGCUUCGGUCUGGAUGGCACAGCUCAUGGCUACUGUGACUGGUUGGAGCUUCAUCAGAGACUUUUCCCUUUCGUUAACAAUCUCCACGAAGCUUCCAGCCUGUUACUGAGAGCCAUCAGUAAGUUAGAGGAACUGCAGAUGACCGAGUCUGUGCAGGCUGUACAGCAAUGCAUGAUGGACCAGAGGACUCUGAUGAGGGACGUCUUGGAGGACAGUCGAUUGGUCGGCCUGCAGCGGGAGGGCGGGGCCAUCCUGGCUCGGCUGAGGAAGGAGAGCGACUUGAAAUACCCUCACUGUGAGGACCUUAGUGAUGCAGUGGACUCAGUUACUAGUCUGUACAACUACGUGGAGGAGCAGGCCCACAUCCUGGUGCAGAGGACGAAUGCGUCACUGGAACAUCUGGAGUACCUGCUGCAGCUCAGGGAGAUGGAGGGACACUUCAUGCAGAUUCAGCAAUGGUUUACUGUAGAGGGAGAGCGCCACCUAAUGGAGGUCGAAUCAGUCGAGGGCUCGGGAGACAGAAUGGAGCAGAUCCUAAACAGCUUCACUGGUUUCCUAAUUGAAGCUAACGACCGCAGGCACCACGCCAUGUCCUUGGUGUCAGAGGCAGAGAGACUCCAGCAGAGUGGGCUUUCCUACCCAGAGACGGGGACCUUCAAGACCCUCAUCGGCACUUUCCAAUCGGACCUGGAGGACUUCCUCUGCAGGGCGGAGGCAUGUGGCCGAGAGCUGCAGAUCAUGGUUAACAUAUGUGAUUUUUGUGAGCAGGCUGUGGAGCUUGCCAACGAGUGCACUGAUUAUUUGAAUCUUACUGAAGCCAGAAAUCUCACAGUCCAGUCCCCUGAAAGCACCUCAUGGAUCAGUCAGACAAACACUCGGCUGGUGCAGAAGCAAAGCAAAGACCCCGGCCUGAACGCCACAUCUCUUUGCCACUCCGACGUCCAGGCUUCUCCUGACCGACUGAUUCUCCAGUCUUUCCAGGAAAGGUUCCUCCACUUCAGCCCGGAGAAAUUUCACGAGGUGAAGGCCCUCGCCGGCUCCCUGCAGGGAUCUCGAGGGAUGCACGUCUGGAACGCUGCCUGGCUGAGAUUUCACGAGGCCCAGCAGCAGCUCCAGGAGAGGAUGCAGGAGCUGGAGGAACUUUGCCAUCCGCCAACAGAUCCCAGCAGCAGCUGCGAGGGUCACUUUGUGGAUGUGGUGAGCACCAACAUCCAGACGGCCUCUCUGGGGGGACAGAGGUUGGUGGUGCAGUCGACCCCGGGGCCUCAGCGUUCUCAGUGGGAGGGCGUCUUGUCCAGUGCAGAGGAUUUGGGUAAAAGGAGGCCAGUUGUGGACGGCAGCAGCCCUAAUGCAGCAGCAGCAGCAGCAGCCUGCAGUAGCAUUACCGUCAUACCGGAGGGCAGCAGUGACGCCGGGACAAACCAGGAGUCAAAGCAGUCGUCUCACAGGUCAGCCAGGAGAAUAGAGAGGGAGGCACGAAAGAGACACACAAGCAGAGCCAGAAGCGAGAGGGAUGCCGCCGCUUUAUCUCAGUCCCACCCCGUUGGCUGCCAGUGGUUUCCAUGGAGACGGGGUCUCGGAGUGAGGUCGGUGAGCCAGGACUCGUGCACCGCCAGUGCCGCAGCCGCUGGCUCCACACCUGAAGAGCAGGGGCCUCAGUCGCCGCCGUGCUGCUCCCACCGCGGUCAGCCGUCUUGCCGCAUCCUGCAGGAAGCGCAGAAGUUCCAGAUUUCCCGACAUGGGAGCUUCUGCUCGGACAACUCCUGUGUGAGCGACGGUGGCGCUGCGGGGGCCGAAUGCUGUAAACACUCCAGCCUGCCCCCGGAGACAUAUGGGAGAGCAUUUUGUUUGUCAGGUCCACAGGAGAAUGCCAGCAGUGCUCUGAGGGUGCAGCAUGUCAUGGAGGAGCUGGUUUUCACCGAGAGGGAGUAUGUGCGCUCUCUGGGUUACAUCCUGACUCACUACCUCCCCCUGAUGGACAGGUUGGACAUUCCUCAGGAUCUCAGAGGCAAGAGGGGGAUCAUCUUUGGCAACCUGGAGAAGGUUUACGACUUCCACAGCCACUAUUUCCUCCCAGAGCUGGAGGCCUGCGAGAGGCAGCCGGCCAUGGUGGCCCGCUGCUUUCUCAGACACAGUGAGAGUUUUGGCCUGUACGCCUUAUACAGCAAGAAUAAACCUCAGUCAGAUGCGCUGAUUCUUCACCGCCGCCAUGACAUCUUUAAGAAGAAGCAGCAGGAGCUCGGGGACCUGAUGGAUCUGUCUUCCUACCUGCUGAGGCCCAUCCAGAGGAUCAGCAAGUACAGCCUGCUGCUGCAGGACAUGCUGGCUUUGGUUGGACCCUGCAGAUCGAAACAGAAGGACACCGCUGUGUGCACACACGGCGUGUGCAGCCUGGCUGCACCGGAUCUGACCUGCGUGGAAAGAGACAGAGAGAGGAGUGAAAUCCAGGCUGCUGCAGACCUGAUUCAAUUUCAGAUGCGUCAUGGCAACGACUUGCUCACCAUGGACGCCAUUCAGGAUUGCGAUGUUAACUUGAAGGAGCAGGGGGAACUGAUCCGCCAAGAUGAGUUCACAGUUUUCUUUCGGAAGAAGAAAUGCGUCCGGCGAGUCUUCCUCUUUGAACAUUUGAUUCUGUUCAGCAAAACCAAGAGGACGGAUAUCGGAAAUGAUGUUUAUGUCUACAAACAGUCAUUUAAGACAAACGAUAUAGGAAUGACCCAUAACUCUGGCGUGAGCGGUCAGUGCUUUGAGAUCUGGUUCCGCAGGAGGAAAAGUGAGGACACUUACACUCUGAAGGCCUCAAGCACUGAGGUGAAGGAAGCCUGGACCACUGACCUGGAGAGGAUUCUGUGGAACCAAGCUGCUCACAGUAGAGUUUGUGUUCCAGAGCUGCGUUUGCAAGAGAGAGUGUUUAUGGGAACGGGUUGCAGUCCUUUUAUGGAUAUUCAACCCAGUGACGCGGCGAUUUGUGACCGAGCCGUCAGCUGCAUCCAGCCUGGGAGAAUCCCUGUGGCGUGUUGUUCACACAGGGGCUUAGAUUAUCCCCGACCGCACUCCAUUGGCUCUGGCAGCACCGCCUCCACCACCGUCAGCCAAUCAUCUUCCUCCUCUGGCCGGGGUUCGCUGCCCCCUUCUGGUUAUCUUGGGAACACCAACCCUGGAGUUGGAUCAUCCCCUGAGGCUCUGACUGAAAACGAACUCAACAGCCAUCAUCUUCUUCAGCACCAGCCUCAUCCUGACUGUGAUCAGUGGAAAACUCGCUGUCCUCUGAUCGAGAGCACUGACUCGUCUGGAGAAAGUAUGAAUCUGUACAGCAGCCCAGACCACAGCUGUCUGUCUGCUAUCAGCGGAGAAGUAGUGGACGACUCUUCAUCGGUGUCCCAGAGGUCAGAACAGAAAUCAACUCUUUGUCGGACCCCCAGCCUCAGGAAAAACAGCUCCCCUGCAGCUACCAGAAAGAAGCCUGGUGUCCCCCCCAAACCUCCACAUCUAGCUAAACCUCAGGGGAAGCUGGGAAGAUCAACGGAAGUUUGACCCUUAUUUCUAAACUGAAGAUGAGCAGUCAAUAACAUAGCUGAUGCCUGCUGCAGACUCUAUGAAGACAGAAGGAUUGAAUGCAUGGAAACAUUUCUAUGGGCUUCACAGCCAUUAUUUCUUAUCAAAAAGACUGUAUUUUUUUAUUUAUUUAUUGAAUCGGUUUUGGUGUCUCAAAACUAUAGAUACCACCAGUGUGGGAUCUUGUCAUGCACAAUUUUUGCAGGUUUAUAUUUGCGGGGAUCAAACAAGUUUAUUAAACAAGUUGGCGUCACCAAGACCAGCAUUGUUAUCCAAGGUUAGCUUGGUCAGUGUUUACAUCGGCCCACUGUCCAGAGUGAAGACAUAAAGAAGAGGUUGACCUUAAGUGGAGUUAAGUAUGUGGACAUUGGUACUGUGGAAAAAUUGAAACCGCUUGGCAAAUUUUUUUGUAAGAAAAAGAUUUACCAAAUACACAGUAAAUGUUUGUACUUUUUCCAAUUUCAAUUUGAAGGUUUUGUUAAUGUGGUGCCUUUCAGUAUUUAAUGCUUGUUCCGACAUUGUUGUGAAUGUCUUUUGUCUUCUUCUGAUGGGACAGACCACUAGCCUGUGUGUUUGAGUUGUGUUAUAUUUUAGACGCAUCCAAAAGGACUGGGAUGACUAUAUAUGCAUGAUCUUCAAGAAGGAAACUCAAGCUUCUGCAGAAGAAUGCACAAUUGCAAGACAGCAGUCAAAACCCACCGGGAUCCACAAAUCAAAUCAGUUUCACCUAAUUUUUGGGAUUUAGUUAAGUGUUUGGUUUUUUUUCUUCAUAUUGUCUUAAACAUUAGCCUACUGUUGUACACUUGAAAGUGUCUGGAUUUUGUUUUGCUGUUCAUACAAAAUGUGCAUGUGCAAAUUAUGACAUAUUAGACCAUCGUUUUCAUACUUUGUGUUUUAUAUAACUUAUGUGAAUGUCUUUUUUUUUUCAGUUUUAUACUACCUUAUUUCUUUUAACUUUUGUAAGCAGUGUCUGGUUUGAAUGUCAGGUUUCUUCCCUCUGAGUUUAAAAUGUUUGAUUGCAAUAAAAUGAGAAUGUGAUACCAGA